AUGUGGCGUGCAGUUAGCAUCGUCUUCGUGUUGCUGGUGGGGUUGUGGGAAAGGGGGAGUCUUCGCUUCGCGGAUGUUGGUGCCGUGCUGGGCUCUGCGAAAGAGGCCAACGGCCUUGGCCAAGGGCGGAUCGAGGCCAGGAGAGUGACGGGCGUCAGCAGGCUCUUCGCUUCAGCGCCCGGUGACCGCCGCCCGUUCUGUCGCCUGUCUGUGGUGCUGCUUGUUUACGCCUGGCCCCAACGGCGACGCGCCAAUUGGGGCUGCCUACGCUGCGAAUCCGGCGCUGUCGUGUCCCCACCCUGUUGGCUUCCUGCCGGCGAGGAUCGGGUUCCAGUGCGGCGUGUCGCCCUCGCGGGCUUGACGGCGUUCUACUUGCGAUCGGCUCCAAACUGGUGCCUUGAAGAUUGGCUUCGCUGCACGCAAUCCGCAACGCGGAUACGGUGGCACCACAGCCACCGAUUUUGCCCUACACUGGCCUGCAGCCAAAGGCCACUGCAGCUCAGUGUCCUGUCUGCGGUUGAUUGUCCCUUUUGA